GGGUGCUUGGGUUGUCGUACCAUAUUGCUCUGAAAUAGAAAGUCUGCUUCAUACCACGGUCCUUUACAGUCCGUCGGACCUGUUUGAUUACACUGGACAUCGGAGGGACAGACUGACAGGCUGACCGUACCAACUGUUCCAGGGCGAAGCACCACUCCCCGUUAACAAAGCCUGCCAAUCCAGACUCGUCUCAGUCUCACCAUGGCAACGGUGGAGCUGGUGGCCAAGCGGCGGUGUUCAGCCAACUCGCUAGAUGAGUGGGCUGGUGAGUUUUGGACAGAGGGUGAGUUGAACACCACCCAGGGCCGAGAACCUCGCCCCCCUCCCCCGGCUCUGCUCAAACAUGGCCCCAUAGCUCCUGGAGACUCAAAACCUGGUCUUCAAUUGACUUUCUCAAGUGUGGACAUCACAGACACAACAAGCGAAAUGGCAGAAGUGGUUCCUAAAAUCGAACAAGUGGCUCGAUCUGGAGUGAGUCGGGUGUUUAUAAGGAAAAUCCAGACGGGUGAUGUUGUAAUGGAACGGGAACUUGAAAUGAUAGAAGACGACGAUCCACGUGAAAAAGUGAGAUAUCCUGCUAUUCUUCCACUGCCCCAUGCCUGCACUGACCUGCCAAUGGCACCAGGGGGCGAUCUGGAGAUGGAGCUCAAGCCAGCAUCUGCAUAUAAAGAAGAGGAAAGCGUUGGCCGUAGUGAUGACGGUCAGACGGAGGUCUCUCACCGUGUAGGGUACGACCCGGCAACAUCUGAUAACCUGGGGAGUAAGCAGUUGAAGCCAAAGCCUCUCCUGGAUGACAGCCACUGGGUGAAAACAAUAGCCAAAAAUCCCAACCAUGGCACUGUAGCCAGGCCUACGAACCACUCUCCACUCAAAAUAGACAGUUUAGAUUACAUAAUCCCCACUACUUCCCAGGAGGACAUUCAACCAUCUUUUGCCAGUGGAGGCGAAAAUAACCAGAGUGUGGACUCCAAGCCUUUGGAUAUCAACUCAGCACGGAGGCAGUGGGUUAGGCUGGACAGUACCAGCAGCAAGCCCCCUCUGCCUCAGUCGGAGCAACCCAAAAACACCUCCCGGAGCUCCUCGCCCGGCCACCUAGAAGACCUGGCCCAGGCUGUAGUUACAUCAAAUGAACUGCAGGGGGAGCUGUUACAGAGGGCCACUGCUACCGCACGGCAGCCAAGAAAACAGGAAGUUAGAGCACAACAGGUGUUCAAGGGAGCAACUCCCACUCGAUCCCUGACGACAGUCACCAAGGAGCCAGCCAAUCAGGUUGAGGGAGGACUCCCAGGCUCUGGCUGUGUUGUAGAGGAGCAGGCGGGGGGUGAAAACAGGCAAACAGGUGGAGAGAGAGAGCAGAGAGCGAGCCGACUCGGAGGUGCAGCUGGCGAGGCAGGGAGAAAGAAAGAACAGGGCGUGAAGGGUUUUAAAAGAGCACCAGAGGAACAGACCAAGGCAAAGAAGGCAACCCCUGGUGUGAAAUCCCAAGGCGGUCACCACAAAACCUCUGGAAUGGAGUUGGGAGGGGACAUGUUUGAUGACAACCAGAGUGACAGUGGCGUGUCUGCCGACUUCUCCCCCGGCAGCACCGGGGAAUUCCGCGCCACCACGCCUGACAGCCUCACAACGCCAACCCCCCCCCCGGCCAACGAAACCCCGAUUGAGAAGGAGAUCCGUCGGGCCCUGGAGCGAGAACAGUCCCUGAGAAAGUCCCGGGGCCUCCACGUCAAACCGCCCACCCAUGAGUACGUGGACGUCCCUCUGAAGACAUCCGUCUUGACUCAGACUCUGCCCUCCAGGUCGGACAGGAGCCAGGUCAGAAAGGAGCGUCAGUUUGCAGGGAAGAUAAUGCAGAGGGAGAUUAACGUGGAGACGCAGAGAGAGGAGGUCCUGGUCCAGCUCGGUAAAGUCAGAGGAUCUUAUUACAAGGGCACGGUGCGCCAGCUCAAGGAGAGGAAGAAGCUGUUCGAAGUUUUCCAGGAUCCCGAGGAUGUGUCCUUGACGUUGUCCCAGUAUGGCAGUGCCCCCUCCUGGGCUUCGGCGAGCGACCUCUCCGUCCGGGACAUCCAGAGGGAUGACACUUCGUCCGUGUCCGAUAUCAGAGGCUCUUAUGGGGAGAGAAGGCACAGCCUCGCUGUGAUGAGCCAGAGCCCCUCUGGGACACCCAAAGGCUUCCCCUACACCACUCCGGGGACCCCAGUCCCCAGGGGCCCUACUCUCUCAGAGAGCACCGGGGGUCAGAUCAUCAUCCUGGAGAGCCACAGUCACCUGGUUCUCCCUGCCCCGGCCCACCAGCACCCCCCCAUCAAACUGCUCAGAGGCUCCCGCGGCGUAGAGGAGAGGAAGGGGUCUUGGAGGGAUGACGACGGAGCGAAGACGGGGGAAGAGGACGAGGAGGAUGCGCCGAAGGAGAAUCCUUUCUUCAAGCUGCGCUCGUCGUCCGCAUCUCAGGACAAGGUGGAGCAGGAUAUCCGAGAGGCGAGGGAGAGGGAAAUGGAGCUUCGGAGGCAACGGAGUAGCUUGUAUGGUGGUGGAGUGGGGGGGGUAGGGGGCGGUGGGGGUCCGACCAGCGGAGAAGGGCAGGAUGCCGCCCGUUAUCCUUCUCCACCUCUGUCGCAGAACAAUGGAUUGGCCUCCGCGGACCUACCAGUGACCCCUCACUCACGAAGAGCCUCAGCAACACAGACAGGUCGACAGUCUCUUGGGAAGCUGGGCUUGUGGCCUCCACCCCAGACGGAUGAUAGUUUGGACGGCCAGUCUGAGGGCCUCCAGAGUCCUCACACUCCCAGGCUGAAGACUCCCCUGCUGCAGCGCUGGGAGUCGGGCAUGGUCAUGAACGGCACUGGAGCGGAGGAGGAAGACUGACAUGGCCCUCGAUCAGUUCGUCCUUGUAGAUCACAAUCGAUAAUAUUCCAUGGACAGCGAAGACCUGAUUCUAAAUCGGCACUCCUGGUCGCGGACACUUCACGAGCACGGGCGCUGAUCUACGGCUGAACGCCCAGGGAAAGGACACCGGGAAGAAUCGCAGCGGUGAAAUGGAGAAUUAGAAGUCAAGGAAAUCUGAAAUUGCACUGUUUGAAUAUCAGGACUUUGGAACUGAACUGUAUGUGUCGUGAGAGUAGCUGCCCAGUAUGAGAGCUUUUGGUCCCUUACAGUAAUUUGAAUGUGUUUUUCCCCAGAUGAUAAGAACUAAAUUAUCUACGGAAUGUUUAUGAGGCAGGAGGUUGUUGUUUUCCAUGUGCCAGUAUAGAUGUUAUAUGUGUGUGUGUUUAUAUAUUAUCCCAAGUUUCUGUUAACUCUAGCUAAGCCUUGUAUAUGUAAGGUGACGAGAAUGCUCUCACAUACAGGCAAAGAGUUUGCAUCCUUUUGUAGUGAAUAGCAUUGUAGUGUAACUGAACUCAUCUCAACCAAAUCAGGGUGGUCAACUCCUUAGUAAAAAAAAGAACAUCAGAUAUGACGCUAAUAAUAUCUCUGCCACAAGUGCCACACAACUCCUUCUACUUUUUUGCUUGUGUCUGAUCAGGGACUGUGUUAAGGGCUCAAUCCGAUCUGACCCUAAUUACAGCACACUGCAGAUCUUUAUCCCAAGGUCGCUGGGUAAUCAUUGCUAUGUUGGGUCCUAAGGAAUUCCAGCCUUGGAGCAAUUAGCUACACCAUACAGUAGCAAUGCCACGAGGAGCCGCUGUUAUAACAGGGCUGAUCACAACUUGUCACAGGGCAACUAGGGAGCCUUGCCCAGUUUCGGCUUUUGGUUUGGCGUGUGACCAUUUUGCCCUAACACGGGCCGUAAGGUUCGGCGUCAGAAUACAGUCAGUGAUUCUGUCAAUGAGUGACAAUCCGGUCAUAUCAAUUCAGAGCCGCCAAACUAUUCCACGCACCUUGGCCUUUGUGGGUUGAUGUGUCAAAACAAUGAGUGAGCUGUAAACUAGGUCACCAUGGCGACCGGGAUUAGUGUCGGCGGUUUUUCCAUGACUUUGUGCCAACCAGGGUUAGUGUUAAUGUUUUCCAAAAUACAGGGAAAACAUUAUUUGGCCCUUUGUUUGAAUUGGGCCAAAAAAAACAACAACUCAUGGAUUUCUCAGUGUCUCUUGCUGCCUCAAUCUUAGUCCUGUGGACGGUCUUCAGCGAGUCAUCUUUAACUUCAGCUCCUCCCAGGAAACAGGAUGUUGGAACUGUGCUCAGGCGUUGCGCGUUAAGUUAGCGACCUUCCCAUUUCCUGCACAGUGCAAGUGGGCAGAGGGGUUGAAAAGGAGCCGAGGUGCUAGCAAGAAUUUGACCAGCGGAAACUCUUGUUCCAGUUGGCACCGUGUACCGUUCGUACCGUUUGUAUCAGAAGUGGCGGAAUGAAUGCACCCCGGAUCCAGCUCCCGAUCUCCUCUGAAUAAUUCAACGUUUAUUCCGUCUGGACGCAGCCCAGUGAUGCCGACAAACAUUACGGGCUGUGUCGCUGGUGUUGCCAGAGCAACGCCGGCUGAUGUUGCUCCAGUGUGACGGCGUGACACACUGUUCCCUGGUGCCAUCAUCUGGAAGAUGAGGGAUGUGUGGAGCGCACGUUUUAUCUGUGGAAGAUGCCCGAGUUAUGUGGAACAUCUACCAGCUGUCGAAGUGGUACCUGCCUUACAGAACUUCAGCACUGUGGAGAAAUCAAACGUACCUCAUCACACAUUUUAAUUAUGAAACCAGGUCUGUGUGAGAGUGAAACAUCUAGAACUUCAAUGGCUAGCUGAUUGACUGAGGCGUCGUCUGAAAGAUAUUUGGUCUUAAAACAUAUGGUGUAGCUUGGACUGUUGCACAAGUACAGCUGAGCAACGGGUUCGAAUUCAGCCCGAUGUUCUUUCAACUGACUCCUCUAUCUUUCCCAAGGAUGUCUGUUACAAAUAAAGCAAAGACGAUGACUUGAAACAUACCUUACAAUGACGAGUGAAUAAUGACAUCUAUAAAAUUGUGGAAGAUUGAAUUAACAGUGGAUUUUUUUAGGCAACAAAAUAGUCAGAAAUGUGUUCAGGUGAACUGUUCCUUUAAUAAUGUGCUAAUCAAAGCAGCUUUGCAAAACCUGAAUUUUACCUUGACAAAUCCUUCAUUGUCUUGUCUUAGAAGGGGGAAACAUUCUUCCAUGCCUGAAUGCACCGCGUUGUGUGUCACAGUGUUUCGCGGAUUAGCAGGCCUAUUGUAUUGGGUCUUUGUGGCAUGGACAAAAACAAUCAGAGGUGUGUCUUUGUGUGUGUGUGUUUGAAGUGUACUAACACAGCAGGAAACAUUAGAACACUGCCAGCUGAAAACAGUGUUCACUGGAAGGCCAAGGAGGCUUUUGGGUUUUCCUCCCCUGGUCGUUUACAAGGAGUCAUGCAAAACAGUGAUACCCAAAUGAGACUCACUGCCUUCUAAGGCUGGGUUCUGUUUUGUUAUCACACGGAAGUCUACCGUGACCAGGUAUGUUCAUAUAAACAAUCUAGGUAGGUGUAAGUGUAUGUACCACAGAGGCUAGCCACAUAGCACUGAAUAGCACCCAACAUAGCAACCUACACAUCACUGUAUAGCACCCAGCAUAGCAACCUACACAUCACUGUAUAGCACCCAACAGAGCAACCUACACAUCACUGCAUAGCACCCAACAGAGCAACCUACACAUCACUGUAUAGCACCCAGCAUAGCAACCUACACAUCACUGUAUAGCACCCAACAGAGCAACCUACACAUCACUGUAUAGCACCCUACAGAGCAACCUACACAUCACUGUAUAGCACCCAACAUAGCAACCUACACAUCACUGUAUAGCACCCAACAUAGCAACCUACACAUCACUGUAUAGCACCCAACAUAGCAACCUACACAUCACUGUAUAGCACCCAACAUAGCAACCUACACAUCACUGUAUAGCACCCAACAUAGCAACCUACACAUCACUGUAUAGCACCCAGCAUAGCAACCUACACAUCACUGUAUAGCACCCAGCAUAGCAACCUACACAUCACUGUAUAGCACCCAACAGAGCAACCUACACAUCACUGUAUAGCACCCAACAGAGCAACCUACACAUCACUGUAUAGCACCCAACAUAGCAACCUACACAUCACUGUAUAGCACCCAACAUAGCAACCUACACAUCACUGUAUAGCACCCAACAUAGCAACCUACACAUCACUGUAUAGCACCCAGCAUAGCAACCUACACAUCACUGUAUAGCACCCAACAGAGCAACCUACACAUCACUGUAUAGCACCCAACAGAGCAUCCUACACAUCACUGUAUAGCACCCAACAGAGCAACCUACACAUCACUGUAUAGCACCCAGCAUAGCAACCACUGUAGAGUGCCAUGUUUCAGUGCUCAUUCUCUGUGGUCACUAGAGAUCCCGUGACACUGAUCAUAAGAGUUGAAAUGUUAUCCCUGAUGUUCUGUUUAAAUGUUCAAUCUGGCCCUCUUUUUGUCAUGGCAACCCCCAAAUUCAUUUGAUCAGGUCUAACUGCACGAUGCCAUCAGAAGCCCCAUUAAGGGCAGUAUAUGAUGGCAAGGUCAGAGUUCAAGGGGACCCUGUUCAUUUCCUUAAUAGGUACAGAGCUUUGCAAUGUUCAAUAUGUUUUCUAAGAAAAGCAACAGAUUGCCAGGUUGUUAUUAUUGUAUUACAGGAGAUUGUGUGAUUCACUGCCAUUUAAUAUGUAUUUUGUCCUUUGUUUGCGGAACAUCCAACAUGAGGAUAUAAUAGGGCUGCUCAAGGCUAGAAAAACACUUCCCGCCUUCAGAGCAGCAACUAUAAUUAAACCUGUUCAAGGUUAAAACGAAUGGCAAACAAAUGUAAUGGGCUGCUCUAUUUGUAUUCUGUGUGUUCGGGGUUGGCAAGAACAGACCCCACCGUCAUUUUAUUUUCAAAUAAAACAUUUUUUUUUGGGGGGGGGGUGCUCAUCUUGCAGUGUAGAGAUGACAUUUGAAAGUUAUUAUAAUGACACCCCCCCCCCCCGACCAUCCGUCCUGACAACAACAGGCCCGGAGCUGAAUCUAGUUACCUACCCAGCUUCACGUUCUAUUCAUUUUAAAUAUAGGUUUACCUCCUACCGUACAUGUGUAUUCAGGUUUUAUUUUACGGGCCCCGGAGAAGCUGCUGGUUAAGGACAUGUUUAAUUGGUAUCUUACAAUCCUAAAUCCUAAUCUCGGUCCUCCCCCGCCAACUAAAACAAACCUUAGCGUGCUGUAGUUACUACAUGUUGCUCCGAAUAAGAGUGUCAGCUACAUGUACGGUAUCUGUGGCUGCGAGGCACGGGCUUACUGUAGCCAUGUUGAAUGGGAGACUGGCACUCCCGGAGUGGGUGAGUCGCCUCUGUUGUUUGGCGAACUUGGAAAACAGAUGAAUGAACACACAGCUGCCCGAACGCGAAACAUAGCUGAAGAGGAACAGGCAAACUGUUUUAACACAUCUGAGCCAAGCUAUACCGAGUCGGCCUGGUUACAAAAUUCCCCUAGUUUCUGAAACUGCACUAUAAAGGGUUGUGUGAAGAUGAAACCCAAGCCAGUGCAGUGCAGUGUGAUGCAGAACUAUCAGCAUUGACCCUGAAAAGACUUCCAGCACAGCGUCUGACAGAAAUCUGUUCAUCCACACUCCGGAAGGUUAAGGCGAGCAGCUGCCGUGUUUAUUUCAAACAACUCAAAUAAAGCGUGAUUUCAUGGAACAACUUAUCACCUAUGGCAUAAUCAGGUCUAACUUCCUCACAUACUCCUGGCCAGUAGGCCUCUGAUUUAUCAUCUGUAAUAAAACCCAUAAACAAGUAUCAGUUACACAA